AUGUUGAGAUUGAGAAACAUUCACCCGGAAUUGAACGGGAUGGACUUGUCUAACUUACUAUCCACCGUUGCGCCAGUGGACUUCGUUAAGUUCGAUCCUCGCAACGAAACCAUCGCGUACGUUUGUUUCCAGCAACAGUACACGGAGAACAAUAACCUUGCCAUCCAGAGAUUUGACGGCAAAAAGGCCAUGGGCAACACAUUGACGGUGGAGAAUGCUACUUCAUUGGCUGACAGAAUCGCGCCAGCACAAAACCGGUCAAGGAGAGAGUUUGACAGACCCGAGGCCCCUCGUUCUAGAGAACAACCCCGUGUAAGAGCAAAGGCUAAGGCCAAGGUAGAGAGAGCUAAGAAGAUCAGACCUGUCAAGAAAACCGCUGAGGAUUUGGACAACGAGUUGUCUGCCUACAUGAAUGCUGCUAGCGGAAACAGCAACGACAAUGGCACUUCAGAAACUGCUAUGCAAGAUGUAUCGCAGCCCAUCCAACAAGAUGCUUCUCAACAGGGUGGAGUGGAAGCGUCUGCUCCAUUUGCAGCCCAAAACAAUGGCGAGGCCAUGAUGGAUUAA